AUCAUGUUGUGAACUGUGCUCAAGUCUUGCAGAACGGCCAUAGCAAAAGUGGAGUAUACACUGUACGACCGGAUGCUGGAAGUGCUUUUCAGGUAUACUGCGACCAAGAAACCAAUGGCGGUGGAUGGACGGUGAUCCAGAGAAGACAAGAUGGCUCACAAGACUUUUAUCUGGGAUGGCAAAGCUAUAAGCUUGGUUUUGGUAGUCUUACAGGAGAAUUCUGGUUGGGUCUGGACAACAUCUACCGACUGACCCGAAAUAUAAAGAACCGUCUUCGUGUUGAACUGGAAGACACUGUUUAUGCUGAAUACGACUAUUUUGCUGUCAGUAGUGAAGUUGAUAAAUAUACUUUGAGUCUUGGUUCAUAUUCUGGUACCGCUGGAGAUUCCUUAUCGUAUCAUCGUAACAGACCUUUCACAACUAAAGAUAGUGAUAACAAAUAUAAUUGUGCUGUUACAUAUAAGGGGGCAUGGUGGUACGAUCGUUGUCAUUAUUCAAACCUGAAUGGAUUAUAUCUUAAUGGUAGUUAUUCGACUAUAGGAAUAAAUUGGUAUUACUGGAAGCUAAAUCGCUACUCGGUCAAAAAAGCUGUUAUGAAAAUACGGCCAGUUUAGAGCUGAAGUAUACAUAUAUCUUAUAGAAUCCAGCAUGCAACUGAAUGCUUUUGAUAAUCAACUGUGGAACCACAGAAUUUUCUAUAACAAUACAUGCUGGGAAGGUACCCAAACAAACCCAUAACAAUCGAUACUUGGCACAUGUUAAAACAUAAAACGCGUAUUCAUGUAAAUUGCACGGGAACGCACUGCUAAACAAGUAAAAGUCGAGGUUGCUUCAUGAAAAUAUCUAAACAGCCAAGGCAUUUCGCAGUUUUAUGACAGUUUAAAGCUCAUCUUCACAGUAUUCCUAAAUAUACACCUUAUUCCAAAAUGGCU